CAAUUAUUUGGGCUUACAUGUGGUCUAUUGUCAUCAAGUUACUGGGCCCAAACUAAUUCAGAAAAUCUCGAGAGGAAUGAUUUGUGCUUACAUGUGGACUAUUAUUAUCAUCAAGAUACUGGGCCCAAACACAAAGUAAAAUCUUAAUAUAUUUACAGAAGCAUCCUCGUAUUUGUAUUAUAUCUAUAAUUGCCGCCCCAUAAAACUUUUAGUUAUCAACCUCAAUCAAGCUUGAUUAAUGGAAAGAGGAACCGUCAAACCUAAUUUCUAUUUUCAGCCUGAAAAGCUUUGAUUGAGAAAAAUGACGACGACGACGACAAUGGCUAAUCUUCCAGUAGUUUUGGUAGAGGAGAUACUCUCUAGGGUUCCGGUGACAUCUCUCAGAGCAAUACGAUUAACUUGCACAACCUGGAACCGUUUAUCGAAAAAUCAGAUCAUCGGUAAAAAAGCAGCAACAAGGAAUCAGUUUCUGGGUUUCAUGUUGAUAGAUUUCACGAUUUGUUCAAUGAGAUUCGAUCUCCGAGGAAUCAGCAACAACGACGACGAAGACGAUGAUGAUUUCAUUGAUCAAUCUGUCAAGGAAGUGAGUGAACUUUACGAAUUCUCGAUAUCUCAAAUCUUUCACUGCGACGGCUUGUUGCUUUGCGUCUUCAAUGACACCAGCAGCAAGACGCUCAUGGUGUGUAACAUGUACUUGGGGCAAACUAGGAGGGUUAAAGCCCGUCAAUUGUUCGACAGAUUCUCUAAAUCAGGUGUUUAUGCUUUUGGAUACGAUGAUAGCGAAGAAAACCGUAACCACAAAAUCUUGAGAAACGAAACUAAUGGUGGUGGUUAUGAGAUCUACGAUUUUAGAUCCGAUUCAUGGAGGCUUCUUGAUGUCGUUCCCGACGGAGAUACAAAUUUUGGUGAAAAACUAAGCUUGUCUUUGAAGGGAAAUGCUUACUUUUUUGUUACAGAGGAAUAUGAUGAGACACUUGUAGUUGAGGGAGAAACACUGUAUUCAAGGGAGAGUCGACUUAUGUUACUCUGUUUUGAUUUCACUAGUGAGACAUUUGGACAGCUUCUGACUCUGCCGUUUCACUCUCUUGGUGAUCUAGUUGUUGAUAGUAGUGUGGAGAGUUGGGCUCUAUCUUGUGUUAGAGAUGAGAAGCUCGCUGUGUUGUUUCAACACUAUAAGACUAUCAAGAUUUGGACUACGACUGAGAUCGAGCCCAAUGCGGUGUCCUGGGAUGAGUUUUUGGAAGUGGACUUGACGAUGUUUGGUGGUGUUCCGGAUGAUUUUAGAGCUGGGAGCUUCUUUCUUGACGAGGAGAAGGAAGUCGCUGUAGUUUUCGAUCAAGAGACCAAGAUGGAUCGCAACCAAACAGCUUACGUCAUUGGAAAGGAUGGAUACUUCAAAUCUGUGAAUUUCGGAGAUGAUCCGCCAAGUUACCGUCUCCCACUUGUGUGCUCUUCUUACAUUCCAAGCUUAGUGCAACUCAACAAGCAGGCCGAAAGGAAAAUCAACAAGCAGGGCAAAAGGAAAGAAAGAGAUUAUUAGUUGCAUCAUCUUCUUUUGUUUCAUUCCAUUGUCUUUCAUCUUCUUUUGAACAAAUUAGUAACUUGUGUGUUGCUAUUAAUCAUCUAGCUAGUAAAGAACUCAGGUUUUGUAUAUUUCAGCCUCUUUUCAAGUUCAUGUCACUUGUUAUAUGUU